CGGAAGCUUGGGGACAGCGAGCUCUCCUACUACCUGCCGUCUCGUGCAAAUGGCGUGAACGACAUGUACUUACACCUCGGCUUCAAGGCUCCUGAGCGCGUCGUACAGAGAUCGAGGAUACGUGCAGUGUGGUCCAUUCUUCGUAUGCGCCACCCGUUGCUGGCUUCCAAAAUCGACAUGCGGGCAUAUGAUGACGUCAGAUUCGUUUUCACUCCACCUACGUCCCCUGAAGACGCGUUGAUCGAAGCAGAGAGUCAACUCCAAUACAAGACUGAUUCGAAGGACGAACUUAUCGACGCAUAUCUCAAUGGGCCGCGCACCCUUUCUAACGACCGGCUCUCGUUCCUCAUUGUUUCGCGUUCAUUGGGUUCUGAUUCCGCGGAUGAGCCGGAAAACGAUUACGAGUGGUUCAUGUGCGCGGCACAUUUCAUCGGGGACGGCAUGGCCCUGCACACGUUCGCGAAUGAUUUUUUUGAACUGCUAGGGAGCAUGCGGUCUCAAGAAGACCUUGAGGAGCUUGUGGCCGAAGAGUGGCAGCAGCGAUGGGGAAAACCUGUCCCGGCUCUUCCCGUCAGUCCAGAGACGCGCCUGCCAGAAGCGCAGGGUAAGUUCCGUCGGGCGGUUGGGCGCGUUGACUUUGAGCGAAACCAGGAACGCCAGAUCGGCGGUCAAGCGUUUCCGCGCAAGUCGGUGGAAGUCAGGCACACAGUCGUGCCGACAGUGCCCUUCGACAAGGACGUUACGAAGUCAAUGUUGAGAAAGUGCAAGUCACAGGGCGUGUCUAUAGCCAGCGCGCUGUUUGCCAUUUGUAACAUUGCGUGGGCGAGGAUGAGUCCGAGGGAAAAACAAACGCUUCCGAUGAUGAUGUACGCUGCAUUGAACAUCCGACCCUACUUCGUGCCGAGACCAUUGAACGACUCGUACUGGUUCCUUGCAGUGGGAUACUUCAAUGUUAUCCUACCGAACUUUAUCCCUAGCAGCUGUGACCUGUCAAAGACCUUCUGGUUGCGUGCUCGAGCUGCGAAGGACCAAAGUGCGCGAGCUGCGAAGAAUCCCAUGAUCGUUUCGCGGAGCAAAGAAAUGUCGCUCAAGCGCGGGCGGCAGGCUCGAGCAUGGGCGCGUGAGGACGACGAAAAGGAGUGUGGCACAUGGGUGGCACCUCCGAGCAAGCCGAAGGACGCUACCGCCGCUGCCCCACGAGCCCCUUCGGCGGCGCUCAUCGGGCUGUCUUUACUCGGGAACCUCGAUGCGAUGUACAAGCACGCGACGUACCCAGAGAUCAAGAUGCACACACUCACGACAGGCUCGCGUCAGCGGAAUGGCGGGAUGCUGUUGUUCGGGUACACUUUUGCGGGCAAGCUGUGGGUCAGCCUCGGUUACGACGAGAACGGGUUCGAGCAGAAGGUUAUCGACCAGUUCUGGAGCAAUGUGCUAGGCGGGAUCGAGGAGUUCUUGGUUUGAGGCUCGUCGAGGUAUCUUUCAUUGAACAUGAACUAUUUUCUUCUUGGUUAUCAUGGUGUCUCAUGGACUGUAUACAAGACUCGUAGCGCACCUCACGCACUUUACUAGGAUCAGCGGACCAUUACUAUUGACAUUGAACACGUAGAUACAUACCGACAUUUUCAAAUAUUUUCCUUCCUUUUUAUCGCGCUACUGUCCCCACAUCUUGAACUUGAUGUUGUUCUUCAUUACGAUGUACCUUGUAGCCUCUUCCAUUUGUCU